UGCUCUCCUGUGCAGCUUGAUGGCAGCCAACUUGACUGCACCCCUCCCGUCCCCCUCAGUCGUUUGUGGAAUUGGAGAGAUCCUUCUCCAGACUCUUUGAUCUGCUCUCACGUCAACAAACACGGCCUUUUUUUUUUGGAGGGGUUCGAUCCGUCACCCUUUGCCUCAUCUCUCAUUUUUUUUUUCAUUUCUGAGGACGUCGUGUCAUUUCUUCACCAGAACGCCUGGAACCGGAACCGAGCGGGAGCUUCUGUUUUUCGGUCUACUUCUGUAGGCGGAUACAGCGGAGGAGGGCAUCCGGGCCUGGCAGCUCCGGAGAGUCCGAUUGAAACCACGGACUUCACUGUUUACAGGCCGCGCACCGCCCCGCCAUGGAGAAAAUGAAGAGGAUUAAGAAGCGUCUGUCGUUAACGCUCCGCUCAAGUCAGACCAUCGACGAGUCGCUCUCCGAGCUGGCCGAGCAGAUGACCAUAGAGGACGGCGGCACCAAGGACAACGAGCCCUUCAUGAGGAAUGGCCGCCCGCCCACCUCCCACAGCAUGCACUCCUUCCUGCACCAGUACACGGGCUCCUUCAAGAAGCCGCCGCUCCGCCGGCCGCACAGCGUCAUCGGCGGCACACUGGGAUCCUUCAUGUCCAUACCGCGCAACGGCAGUCGCUUGGACAUUGUGCACGAGAACCUGAAGAUGGGUUCCGACGGGGAGAGCGACCAAGCAUCGGGGACGUCGUCAGACGAGGUCCAGUCGCCGACGGGCGUCUGUCUGAGGAACCGAGUCCACCGGAGAAUCUCCAUGGAGGACCUCAACAAACGCCUGUCGCUGCCCGCUGACAUCCGAAUUCCCGACGGCUACUUGGAGAAACUGCAGCUCACCAGCCCGCCCUUCGACCAGCCGCUCAGCCGUCGCUCGCGCCGAGCCUCGCUGUCGGAGAUUGGUUUUGGCAAAUUGGAGACCUACAUCAAGCUGGACAAACUGGGCGAGGGAACGUACGCCACCGUUUUCAAAGGACGCAGCAAGCUGACCGACAACCUCGUGGCCCUCAAGGAGAUCCGGUUGGAGCAUGAGGAGGGAGCACCGUGCACAGCCAUUCGAGAAGUGUCGCUACUGAAAGAUCUCAAACACGCCAACAUCGUGACGCUCCACGACAUCGUCCACACCGACAAGAGCCUCACGCUGGUGUUUGAGUACCUGGAUAAAGAUCUGAAGCAGUACAUGGAUGACUGCGGAAAUAUCAUGAGCAUGCACAACGUGAAGGUCUUCUUGUUCCAGAUUUUGCGCGGGCUGUCGUACUGCCACAAGAGGAAAGUUCUCCACAGGGACCUGAAGCCUCAGAACCUCCUCAUCAACGAGAAGGGCGAGCUCAAGCUGGCUGAUUUCGGUCUGGCGAGGGCGAAAUCGGUCCCGACUAAAACGUACUCCAAUGAAGUGGUGACUCUUUGGUACCGACCUCCCGACGUCCUGCUGGGGUCCUCGGAGUAUUCGACGCAGAUCGACAUGUGGGGCGUCGGCUGUAUAUUUUACGAGAUGGCUGCGGGUCGGCCGCUUUUCCCCGGCUCCACGGUGGAGGACGAGCUCCACCUCAUUUUCAGGUUACUCGGCACACCGACGGAGGAAAACUGGCCGGGAAUAUCCUCCAUCGAAGAGUUCAAAUCUUACAACUUCCCCAAAUAUAAACCUCAGCCGUUCAUCAACCACGCCCCCAGGCUGGAUGGCGACGGGAUCGAGCUGUUGCUGGCUUUCCUCAGAUACGAAUCCAAGAAGAGGAUCUCUGCUGAGGACGCGAUGAAACAUUCCUACUUCAGGCAUCUUGGGAUGAGAGUUCACACGUUGCAUGAGAGUGUGUCCAUCUUCACAUUGAAGGAGGUGCAGCUGCAGCGAGACCCCGGCUACAGGAACUCCUCGUACCCGGAGCCAGGCAACGGCAAGAUCAACCGCAGGCAGAGCAUGCUCUUCUAAAAAGGACGGGGGGGGGAUACCUUCAUCAUCGCCCUCUCACCUGACCGACCUUUCUCGCAUGACACAGUGACCCCCACCCUCCCUUUUCCCUGCUCCCCCAACACACACGCAUUCACAUGCGCACCACCUGUCUUGAGUUAGGUUGACUUUUUCAAUUGGUGUCUUUAUUUAUUUCCAGACAUGAGAGGGUAGGGGUUGUUUGCUGCUAAAGUACUACUGUAUGUAUUUAACACACCCUGUGUAUGUUUGAGUGCGCGCGCGUGUGUGUGUGUGAUGUGAAUUUGAGCCUCCAAGCAUGGUUGAGCAGUUGCUAACGAUUGCUGUUUGACCCCCCCCCCCCCAUUUAUUUUGUUUGCAAAUUCCACGGGUGGCGUCCAAGCUGUGAUUGAAGUUGUUGGGGACCACUUGCGACAUUUGUUUUAGAGAAUCGAGUUCCAAGGUCUGAAUUUGGUGGGUGGACACUGAAAUAUGGGAAACCAUUUUUUUUUCUUGGUUUUUUUUUUCCGUUUUGGGAAGCGGCCGAGUCAGAUCGAAUUUGAGCAAAAUUUGGAGCGUUGAGGCCACACUGGAAAAAAAAAAAAAAAUCUGAAGUUGCAAUGCAAUGACAAUAAUUUGCGCCUUUUGAAGAAAAAAAAAUAGUGACAUGAAAAUGCCAGCGCAAAUAAUAUGAAGACAAGUUUUGUAAAAUUCAGAUUUUUUUUUGCAAAAUACGAUGACUUUAUUGUUGUAAAUUGCAACUUUAUCUCUUGUCUCUUUCAAAUUUUUCCACACAAUACUACAACUUGCAAUCUGACCAUUUUUUUCUCCUAAUACUCUUGAAUUUACUCUCUGAAAAUUCCAGCUUUUUGGGUCAAAAUAUUGCACCGUUAUUUUGAUAAAAAAUUAUAACUUUUAUUCACACUACAUGACCACUUUCUUCUCUGUAAAAUGAAAGACUUUUUU